AUGAUCAUCAAAGAACAAAAAAUUAAACUUUUUCUCUAAUUCUUAAGAUCCUCUAAUUAUAACUAAACAUUUUAAAAAUUACAACAGCAAUCCAAAAUUUAACUAGAUCCACAAAACUUGCUAAAUAUCACCUCAGCUAUCAAAUCUUAUAACUAUACAGAAUUAGAGUCAAUUUUACAAUUAUAUGUUAAUGAUCAAACUAAAAAUCAAUGCAUGUUACUCUUAUUAGAACAAUAUUUAAUCAAACUACUCUUAACACAAAAUUAUUAAGAAGCGCUCUUAUUAUUAAGAAAUUAGAUAUCGAGAUUUUGUUAAGGUAUAGAAUUUAAGAAUUAUACUUAGAUGAAUAAUAGAAGCAUUCAUAUAGUUCAUUGAUUUUUAGUCAAGAUCUUAAAUUAAAAGCAGAAUAAUAACUUAUUGAUGAAAUUCUUUCUCUUUGUUUUCAAUAGCUUGGACUAUUCAAACCUAAUAGAUUAAUAACUUUAAUUUAAUAAGCUAAAUCAAAUCAAGUUUUAGAAUGCAAAUGGCAUUAACACAUAUAAUAAAAUUAUUAAAUCUAUCAAAAACAUACCUGCAUCUAGUAAUUUUAAUAUAAAAUCAAAUCUAAAAAUGUGUCCAUUUGUGCUUUUUCUAAUAAUGGAGAAUAUUAAGCUUAAGUUAUUGGCAAAUCAAUCACUAUUUAUUAGAUUAAUUAAAUUGAAUCAAUUAAAAAAAUUGAAAAAUUAGAAUAAGUUCAUACUAAAAAAAUUACUAAUUUGCUCUUUUCUCCUUGUAGCAAAUAUAUUGGUAGUUGCUCAGAGGAUUAAACAAUUUUCAUUUAUAAUUUUAUCAACAAAAAGAAAUAUAGACUAUAAGGUCAUAAUUCAAUUGUUUAAUCUUUUAAUUUUGUUUAAUGUGAUUCUUCAAAAAAGAAACAAAAAAAUGAAUAUGAUAUUUAUUCAAUAGCAACUGAUGGAUGGUUAUAUGAAUGGAAUGAAAAUGAAAGGAAAGGUGGACUUAAAAUUGAAGAAAAACUUAUUGAUAUUCAUAUUAAUCAUAAGAAAGAAUAAAUGCUUAUUAUUAGUUAAAAUAAUAUUACAUUAUAUCAUUUAUACACAAAGAAUUAAAUAAAGUAAAAAAGUACAGAAAAUUAGAUAAAUAUUAAUUCUCAGGUUAAUAAAUAGUUUGAGCAAUUAAUAGUAUAUGUAAAUGAUUAUUUACCUUAAUUAAUCUUGUUUAGUAUUGAGAGUCUUGAAAUAAUAAAAAUCUUUGGGAUUCAUUAAGAUAAUUCUAUAAAAUCUUUUAAGUAUGAUUUGGGAUGGUUUAAUGAUUAUUUGAUAGCUGCAGGAACAGAUUCUGGUUAAUUAAUUUUAUGGCAUAUAUAAAAAUCAAAUUAACCUAUUGAGAUACUUCAAGUAUAUUAAUUAAUUGGUAUUUAUUAAUUUAGGUUUCGGAAUAAAAUAAAGCAAUUUCUAGUUUGAGAUUUAAUCCAAUAAAUUAGGAAUUAUAAAUUUAUAUUGAGUAAAAAGUUAAGACUUCGAAUGCACAAUUAGAAAGAUAAUAAAUAUAAGAGAAUUUGAUAGAUCUAUUUUCAUAAUCUUAAGAUAGAUUAUCAUUUUCUAGACAGUAAAGCGGAGUUACAUAGAUUUUAAAUUUUUUAUAAAGAAUAGCUCGUUCAGAUACGAUGAAUAAUAGAGAUUAAAUAUAAGAUGAGGAUUAAGAAAAAAGUGAUGAAGAUUUAUGA